GCGCUAAGCAUUCUGGGCAUGAUCACAUUUACUUUUCAUGAAUCUCUGGGGAAGUUUUAUCCCUUCUUUAUAGGUGAGGACACUGAGAUUCAUGAUAAGUAAUGCCCUUGAGAUCACACAGCUUAGGAACCCACGAUUGGUGUACAGGUCUGACUGCUGCGCCUAGGCCUUCGCUGCUCCUUUCCCACCAACUACAUGCAAGUGGUCUGAGACUACAAAUCAAGGGCUUGGCCUUAGGCAGCUGGCAGAACACAGUGCUUACCGCUGAACUGGGCAGUGGAUCCUGGAAAUGUUGGGGGUAGUGCCUGCCAGGAGGUAGGAAAAUGGACAGAGUGUCUGCAUGUAGCACCCAGGACUUGACUGGGCACCUGAGAUUUGCAUUCUUCCUCAGACCCAUUCAGGGUGGAAAGUAGAGUUUAGCGUAUAUACAAAUGCCCUCUAAUCUGGUCUAAAUAAUAGUGAUGGGUACUGACCAUGCUGCUGGGAGGAGUUCAGGGGGAGGAGAGAGGCUGUGCACGUGGAAGGAAUACCUUGAGCCAAACCACAGAACAGAAAAUUGGAGCAGAAUGAUAUAAAUCAAGGUCAGAAUUUUCCUGUCCAACCCACAGGGCGGAGUUUUCUCUAUUCCUCUCCAUCCCACUGCAUAUAAACUGGGAUUUGAUGUCAGUAACUGGAAGGAGCUGCUGGUAGGCCUCUCAUUUCAGCUCUCAGCUUUCACCAUGAACCUCAAGGUAGUCCUCGUGUUGCUGGCACUGUCCCUCAUUACCAUCUUUGCUCUGGCCUAUGUCUUGCUGACCAGCCAAGGUGGCUCCAGCCAGCCUCCCCACUGCCCCUCUGUAUCCCACAGUGCCCAGCCCUGGACACACCCUGGCCAGAGCCAGCUGUUUGCAGACCUGAGCCGAGAAGAGCUGACGGCUGUGAUGAACUUUCUGACCCAGAAACUGGGGCCAGGCCUGGGGGAGGCCGCCCAGGCCCGACCCGCAGACAACUGCAUCUUCUCAGUGGAGCUGCAGCUGCCCCCCAAGGCGGCAGCCCUGGCCCACCUGGACAGGGGGAGUCCCCCGCCUGCCCGGGAGGCCCUGGCCAUCAUCUUCUUUGGCGGACAACCCCAGCCCAAUGUGACCGAGCUGGUGGUGGGGCCGCUGCCCCAGCCCUCCUACGUGCGGGAUGUGACUGUGGAGCGUCACGGAGGCCCCCUGCCCUACCACCGACGCCCCGUGCUGGGAAAUGAGUCCGCCCAGAUGUGGAAGCAUUUGAAAGAGGUGGAGCUCCCCAAGGCACCAGUCUUCCUGGCUUCUGUCUGCAGCUACAAUGGCUCCAAUUUGGCAGCUCUGCAUGCCACCCCUCGUGGCUUACGCUCAGGGGACCGUGCUACCUGGAUGGCCCUCUACCAUAACAUCUCAGGUGUUGGGAUUUUUCUUCAUCCUGUGGGGCUGGAGCUCCUGCUGGACCACAGGGCUCUGGACCCUGUCCGCUGGGCUGUCCGGCAGGUCUUCUACCUUGGGCGCUACUAUGCCGACUUGGGCCAGUUGGAAUGGGAGUUUAAGGCUGGCCGGCUGGAGGUGGUUAGAGUUCCUCUACCCCUGCCAGAUGGGGCCUCAUCCCUGCGGUCCCGGAUCUCCCCCGGGCCUCUUCCCCCUCUUCAGUUCUCACCCCAAGGCUCCCGGUACAGUGUACAAGGGCACCUGGUGGCAUCCUCCCUCUGGACAUUUACAUUUGGCCAUGGGGUGUUCAGUGGCCUGAGGAUUUUUGAUGUUCGGUUCAAGGGCGAGCGAGUGGCCUAUGAAGUUAGUGUCCAGGAAUGUGUAUCCAUCUAUGGUGCCGAUUCACCCAAGACAAUGAUGACCCGAUACCUGGAUAGCAGCUAUGGACUUGGCCGUCACAGCCGGGGCUUGGUGCGGGGAGUGGACUGCCCCUAUCAGUCUACCAUGGUGGACAUCCACGUGUUAGUGGGCAGAGGGGCAGUCCAGCUGCUCCCAGGGGCUGUGUGUGUAUUCGAGGAGGCCCAGGGGGUACCCCUCCGAAGGCACCACAAUCACCUUCAGAGUCAUUUCUAUGGUGGUUUGGCUGGCUCAGCCCUUGUAGUCAGGUCUGUAUCCUCCGUAGGCAACUAUGACUACAUUUGGGACUUUGUAUUGCACCCAAACGGGGCACUUGAAGGGCGGGUCCGUGCCACGGGCUACAUCAACACAGCUUUCCUUAGCGGAGAGGAGAGCCUCCUCUUUGGGAACCGAGUAGGGGAGCGAGUGCUGGGGGCGGUGCACACACACGCCUUCCACUUCAAGCUGGACCUGGAUGUGGCAGGGCUGAAAAACUGGGUGGUAGCUGAAGACGUGGUGUUUAAACCUGUGGCAGCCCCUUGGAGUCCGGAGCACCAACUGCAUCGCCCAGAGCUGACCCGGCAGGUCCUGAGAAGGGAGGACCUGACAGCUUUUCUCUGGGGGACCCCCCUUCCCCGCUACCUUUACUUGGCUAGCAACCAGACUAAUGCCUGGGGUCACCAGCGCGGGUACCGAAUCCAGAUCCACAGCCCCCUUGGCAUACACAUGCCCCUGGACAGCGACAUGGAGAGGGCCCUCAGCUGGGGGAGAUACCAGCUCGUGGUGACGCGGAGGAAGGAGGAGGAGUCACAGAGCAGCAGCAUCUAUUACCAGAAUGACAUCUGGACAUCUGCUACGGCCUUUGCCGACUUCAUCAACAAUGAGACCCUCUUGGGAGAGGAUCUGGUGGCUUGGGUUACAGCCAGCUUCCUGCACAUACCCCAUGCCGAGGAUGUCCCCAACACAGUGACUCUGGGGAACAGAGUUGGCUUCUUGCUCCGGCCCUAUAACUUCUUUGAUGAGGACCCCUCUGUCUUCUCUCCUGACAGCGUCUACUUUGAGAAGGGCCAGGAUGCUGGGCGCUGCAGUGUCAAUCAUGUGGCCUGCAUCCCCCACCUGGCGGCCUGUGUCCCGGACCUGCCCCCUUUCUCUUAUCGAGACUUGUAGCCCUGAGUGUGUGUGUGCGCGUGCGCGUGCGUGCGUGUGUGCGUGUGUGCGUGCGUGCGUGCGUGUGUGUGUGUGUGUGUGUGUGGUGGGACCUAGAGGGGGGUUGCUGAGACUCGUACCUUCCUCUCUGUUCCACUUACUGCUUCCCUGAUGCCUCUACCCUUGGGAAAUAACUUCCUACCACAUAAACCUCCAUAUAUCCUUUUGGUUACUUCUUGUUUCCAGUUCAUUUUUUAAAAUGAGGAAUUUAUAUAAAUGAUAUUGUUGUCAAAAUAUCCAAGCAGAAACACUGCAAAACCCACCACUCUUCAACCUCUGGCGAACAUUAUCCCAGACAUUUCUUUUAUGCAUGCACAUUGACAUCGAAGAUGAGAUAGAACUUUGUAAAAAUUGAUGGGUGUUUGUAAUUUAUAAUAAAAAUAUUCCAAGAUUUUUAGUUGAA